GUCUUUUUCUCUCUGUCUGCGGCGUACAUGUGCUUGUUUGCGACACACGCCUGUGUGCGUGUAGGUAUAUAGACUGACAUAUCCGUGAGAAAGAGAGGCGCGAUAUAAUAUAAUUGAUAACACGGCCUGCUGGCUGAUGUGCCGGCGCAGUUCAGUCGUAAAAUGAUACAAGUUCAGGUGGAGCAGCAUCAGGUACGGCCGCAAGAGCAGCUCGAGAACUUUGCCACCGGAAGCAACAAUAGCAGCAACAGCAGCACCAGCAGAAUCAGUAACAACAGCAAGCAUGAGACAGACGAUGAGCAAUGUAAGGAGGCCCUACUGGUGGCGGCAGCAGCAGCAGCAGCAGCAGCAACAGCAGCGUCAACAACAACAGAAGAAAGAAAAGGAGCUGCAACAUCCCGUCGGUCGUGCUCCUCGUCGUCGCUGCCGCUCGCAGCAGGAGAGCCUAGCACAACCACCGAUUCAGCGGGCGAGAUGUCGUCGCCACCGGGAGUCGGGGCGAGCCUCCUGCGGGAGCAUCCGCAGAUCGCUCGGAUGACACCGACCGGCGGCAGGUCGCGCACCUGCUCCGAGUCCAACGUCGGCGCGCACGUCUCGCUGGCCCUGGCCAACUCGGGCCUCCUCGGCUGUCCCGGCUGCUCGAGCAGCGCCGCGGCCCUGCACCACCUCGGCAAGCUGCAGUUCGACACGGCCUCGGGCGAGGACUCGGCCAGCCUCCUCGAGGAGGGCGGACUCGCUCGGCUGCCGGACCUCGUCGCCGAGAGCAAGAUCUACGACGAGUCCCAGGAGCCCCGCGAGUCCUAUCUCGCCAUCACGCUGCAGGUCUCGAUACCGUUCUUCAUCGCCGGUCUCGGUAUGGUCGGCGCCGGCCUCGUUCUCGACGCCGUUCAGUACUGGAACGUUUUUCUACAAGUCAAGGAGCUGAUGAUACUGGUGCCCGCUCUGCUGGGCUUGAAGGGCAAUCUGGAAAUGACGCUGGCGUCGAGGCUCUCGACUCAGGCCAAUCUCGGUCACAUGGACACGCCGAAGCAGCAAUGGUACAUGAUCGUCGGCAAUCUCGUCUUGAUUCAGUGUCAGGCGAUCGUGGUGGGCUUCCUGGGCUCGAUCGUGGCCAUGGUGAUGGGCGCGCUGCGUAACGGCACGGUCUCGCUGGACCACGCAUAUCUGCUGUGCGCCUCGAGCCUCGUGACGGCCUCGCUGGCCUCGUUCGUGCUGGGCCUCAUCACGGCCGGGGUCAUCGUGUUCUCGCGCCACUGCCACAUCAAUCCUGACAACGUGGCGACCCCCAUAGCCGCCAGCCUCGGCGACAUCACCUCGCUGGCCCUGCUCUCCUGGAUCUCGACCAUCCUCUACGAGGCCAUCGACAAGCAGGACUGGCUGGCGCCCCUCAUAAUCGCCUGCUACGUCCUCGUCACGCCGCUCUGGGUCUGGAUCGCCAAGAAGAACAAGUACACCAACAACGUCCUCUACUCCGGCUGGACGCCCGUCAUCGUCGCCAUGCUCAUCAGCAGUCUUGGCGGACUGAUCCUCGAACUGAUGGUGUCGCGCUCGGGAAAAAUCACGGCCUUCCAGCCUGUAAUCAACGGCGUCGGCGGAAACCUCGUGGCCGUGCAAGCCAGCCGGAUAUCGACGGCGCUGCACAAGCAGGCUGAUCUGGGCACUCUGCUCAUUCCACCUGGACACACUCACCCGGUUAUCUUCAUCACUCCCAUCGCCAGUUUCUUCGGCAAAGGUAUGCACGCGCGAACGACCCGCGUGCUCAUGGCCAUGGUCAUUCCGGGCCACGUAGCCUUCCUCUACCUGCUCAAGUACCUGAAGGAGGGCGAGGUCUCCAUGAGUAUGCUCUUCGUGUUCGUCUACCUGUGCGCGGCGACCCUGCAAGUGGCGGCGCUCCUCUACAUCGCCUACAUCAUGAUCCACUGGAUGUGGAAGCGGCGCAUCGACCCGGACAACUCGGCGAUACCCUACCUCACGGCCAUGGGCGAUCUGCUGGGCAUCAGUCUGCUCGCCAUCGCCUUCCAGUUUCUCUAUCUCGUGGGCGACCAGACCGAGUCCGAGGCGGCGGUACUGCCGGCCCAGGCCUCCCUCGUGCCGGGCUCGUGAAUCGGCUUCCAGCUCGAUCGAGCCCUGGCCUACUUACGCGGCUGAUGCACCCGAGCCACAUCGACUCUGCGCCGAUAGCCACCCCAUCGUCCCCAUCGUGCUUCUUCGCGACUAUUGACAUUUUUCCCCCAUUUCUUUGACUUUGACUUUUCUUUCGCUCGCGAUUGUCAACGGUACUAGAUCGAUCCGCGUCUCUCGGUAAAUGGAUCGCACCUGCUUAGAGUCGCGGACGACUUGGUUGUCUCUGACACUUGAGAGUUGAAUAAGCCUUCGAGUACUUUUCUACUUGUAGUUCGUAUAGUGAGUAAAAUACGUUUCGAGUCGCUGAUGUCAGCCUCGUCGUUCGCUCUUUUUUCCUGGCUAAUAUCACACCAAGCUCGUACGUAUUUUUUUUAUAAAAUGUUUUAUUACGUUUACGUGUACUGGCCGUGUGGUGAUUCGCAUUUACCUUAUUUCUCAUCGAAAUCAAAACUUAACGCAACGAGGAUCUAAGUUGGCAUUUUGUACACGAGACUUGCCUUUCACCCCCCUGUGGCCGCUUUCAUGAUUUCUCUUUCGAAUCGUGAUUAUAUUUUAAUAUUCGCACUGUACUCAACGAUAGGUAGUGACAUCAUUUUUAAUUUGAAGCAGCUAUGCUUUCUUUACCAUCCCUUGUGAAAAUUUUAACGAUAAUAAAAAUUAUGCAAGUGCUGAAUGCCAUGCAGUCGAGCUUGCACAAGCUGACCGAGCCAUGUGUAGCAAAAUUGAGAAUUUUGAAGAACUUUCAUCGACAAGUCGGUGCAAAAAACUAGUAAAUUCGUGGCCUUAGAACUCCCGUAUCUAGUAUCGCAACGUAGUUAUGAUUUGAACCACGCAAUAGCUUGUUAGACAAGUAAGUUUUGCGAUAUAGUACAAAUUUCAUCGAGCCGGGCCGUUAUUUCACUUUUUACUUAAGUCUCGAAAUUUUGUUCUUUUUAUUUAUGACAAAUUCAUAAACUUGUAUGAGCAGUAGUGCAUAUUAAGUUGUAUUCCUGAUUAUGAUGAUUGGCUUGAAUUAACGUACUAAUUAUAAAUUCAAGCAUUCUACAAAUUAUAUUAACACUGGGUGCAAAAUGUUAUUGUACCCGAAAUAAUGCAAUUUGAGAAGUUGCACUCAUGUGCCAACAAAUAAUUGCAAUAGAGCAUAAUAUGAUUUUUUCAUUUGCAAGGUUCGGGAAAAGUUUUAACUAUCGAGUUUUAAAUAUAAACGUGAAUGUGUGCCAAAGAGUUCACUCAGUUGAGACUAAAACAGUAUCCUCAACGAAAACACAAACUUUCAUCGUCAAUUAAUCAACCUUAAGUUUUGAAUAAUUGUUUGAGUGAUAAAACCACUUGUAGAACAUUAAACUUCAAGGUGUUGCUACGAACGUCCGUUGUAAAUAUCAUUAUAUAUAAGAAAAACUAGGAUGAGAAAAAACAUCCGAAAUAAUUUAAAACAAACUAACAUUAGUGUAAUUGGAAGUAAAUACUACGAUCUUUGUAAAAAAUGUUAUUUCACGUAAAAAGAUUAUUCAAAUGCGCGCUAAAAAAUUCGUUCUUAAAGUUACUAAUUGCCUAAAAAAUUAUUUUCUCUGCGUGUUAAAUAUCACGUUUUAACGAGAUUCUGUAAAUAUGAGUAAAGUAAUAAAACUAGAAUGAUGAAAACAAUUAUUUUUGUAAAUGAUAUUUUAUAAUCCAUGAAUUGACAGGCAUAUAUUUUUCAUGUAGAAAAAAACCUGUUGAUCUCCGUUAAUGUUUAUAAGUAAGUUUUUGAUGAAUUGAUUAAACCAAUUAACUUUUGUAAUUAUUCUAAGCCACAAUUGUAUUAUAUUUGUGGCCAUGAACCAUUGCGUAUACGUUCUGUAGAGAUACGAGUAGUCAAAGUAUAUUGUUACAAAAUUUUUGUUAGCACGAUUUACAAAAUGAUUUAUAAAUGUAUAACGAUCAGAAAAAUGUUGUAUUCAUUCCAAUAAUGCUCGUAUUUAUUACGAGCACUUUUUUCUUGCGUGCAUCGCAUUAUCUUGGACAAUAAAGAAUGAGAUUAAUUUUUCUAUGAUAGUUAAAUGGAGUUCUAAAAUCAAGACUAUUUUGUAAAAGCAGAUUUAAAACUUGACGUCGAAUCUCUUGAGAUAUUUAUAAAAAAAAAUCCAUACAAUAAAUCAACACAUUCCACCACAUGUUUUUAUCAAAAUCAGUAGGCUAUUUUUUUUUGUUUUUAUCAAGUAAAAAAAUAUUAAAUUAUUGG